AUGAAUCAGUUUAGUGCUAAAUUCAUUGAUACAACCGUAGAGGAACAGAGGUUGGCAGAAAAUAGAAAUAAAGAGAAAUAUUGGUUAAAAUGGGGGCCUUAUUUAAGUGAAAGGGCUUGGGCUACCGUGCGUGAAGAUUAUUCUUACAAUGGAGAUGCAUGGGCGAAUUUCCCUUUCAGUCAUGCUAAUGCAAGAACAUUCAGAUGGGGGGAAGAUGGUAUAUUUGGAGUUUCAGAUAAUAAACAAUUCAUAUGUUUAAGUGUGGCUUUGUGGAAUGGUAAAGACGAACGUUUGAAGGAGAGGCUUUUUGGUUUAACAGGGCCUCAAGGUAAUCAUGGGGAGGAUGUAAAGGAGUUAUAUUACUAUUUGGAUAAUACUCCAACACAUUCAUUUAUGAAAUCUUUGUAUAAAUAUCCUUUUAAGAAACCUUAUCCUUACCAAGAACUGGUAAACGAGAACGGCAGAAGAACUUAUGCCGAUAAAGAAUUUGAGAUAUAUGAUAUCGAUGGUUUAUUUAAGGAUUCAAAAGAUGACGACGAUAAUAAAUAUUAUGACGUUUUCUUUGAAAUGGCAAAAGAUGAUAAAAAUCCCGAUGAAUUGAAUUUUAGAAUCACUGUUCAUAAUAGAUCAGAAAAGGACUCUGGUGAACUAUACGUCAUUCCACAAAUAUUUUUCAGAAAUACUUGGGCUUGGGGCACUAAACACAAUAAAUAUAAAAAAAAACCAAUUUUGAAAAAAGAUGAAAAAUUAUCAAACAUGAUUCACGUGAGUCAUGAGAAAUAUGGAGAAAGAGCAAUCAUUUUUCAACCUUCUCCAGGAGAAUUCCCAAUUGAUUCAACACAAGGUAAUAAUGGACAUAAUUCUGUUGAAAACACUACAGAUGAUGUCAAACCACAAUUAUUAUUUACAGACAAUGAAUCAAACUUGGUCAAAUUAUAUAAUUCUAAAGAAAAUACAUCUAAAUAUACAAAAGAUGCUUUUGAAGAGUAUAUUGUCCAUGGUAAUAAAGAUAAUUCGGUAAAUCCAAAUAAUGAAGGUACCAAAGCUUGUGCCGUCUAUCAUUUUAAAAAUAUUCCACCAAAAGAAUAUGUCACUGUCAGAUAUAAAUUUACAAAUGAUCUCGAAACUAGCAUUUAUCAAAUAGAUGAUCUGGCUGUGGUUGAUGAAGAAGAAUUAGACACAACAAUAAAUGAUCGUGAAGAAGAGGCUGAUAAUUUCUAUUGGAGAAUUACACCAUUACCAAUUGAUGAUCAUUUAAGAAAAAUACAAAGGCAGGCGUUCGCAGGAUUGUUAUGGACAAAACAGUUUUACAAUCUCACUUUCAAUUCUUGGUAUUAUGGUGAUCCAAAUUCCAAGUUGAGACCUGCACCUGAUAGAGCAAAUGGAAGAAAUAAAAAUUGGAAACAUUUAUAUAUUGAGGAUGUUUUAUCCAUGCCAGAUAAAUGGGAAUAUCCGUUUUUUGCAUCAUGGGAUACAGCAUUCCAUUGUAUACCAUUAGCAAUGAUCGAUCCCGACUUUGCUAAGAAACAACUAGAUCUACUAACAAGGGAAUGGUAUAUGCACCCAAAUGGUCAAAUUCCAGCUUAUGAAUGGAAUUUCAAUGAUGUGAAUCCUCCUGUCCAUGCUUGGGCAGUAUACAGAGUUUUUAAGAUCGAAAGAAACCUAUACAACAGAGAAGAUCGAGUUUUCUUGGAACGUGUCUUCCAAAAGUUGCUUUUGAAUUUUACUUGGUGGGUAAAUCGUAAAGAUAGUAGUGGAAAUAAUAUUUUUGAAGGGGGUUUCCUAGGGUUGGAUAAUAUUGGUAUUUUUAAUCGGUCCGAACCACUGCCAACAGGAGGAACAUUAGAACAGGCUGAUUCCACAGGCUGGAUGGCUUUCUUCAGUUUACAGAUGUUAAAUAUUGCUCUAGAAUUAGCUAAAGAGAACCCUGUUUACGAAGACAUAGCUUCAAAAUUUUUUGAGCAUUUUAUUUUAAUUAGUGAUUCUUUAUCUUUCGAAUAUUUAGUCGAUUUAACUGGAUCUGAAUGCAAAGAUAUUGUGAAACAAAAUCUAUGGAAUGAAGAAGAUCAAUUUUACUAUGACACAAUAUCUUGGGGUGCCGAAAAUAAAAUGCAAUUACCGAUUAGAUCGCUGGUAGGCCUAAUUCCAUUGUAUGCCUCGAUGACAUUGGAGCCUCAUUUACUAACUAAGUUUCCAAAUUUUAAGAAAAGAGUAGAUUGGUUUGUUGAAAAUCAACCUGAAAUUCUUGAGAGAAAUUUUGCCUCAAUGACAAAAAGGGGUGUAGGAGAAAGAAUGCUGUUGUCACUAGUAACAGAAGAUAGACUAAAAGCUAUUUUGAGUCGUUUGCUAGAUGAAAACGAGUUUUUGAGUGAAUUUGGUGUACGAUCGUUAUCUAAACACCACGAAGAACACCCGUACGUUAUGGAUGUUAAUAAUUCCACUUAUACUGUCAAAUAUUUACCUGGGGAAUCCGACUCUGGUAUGUUUGGUGGCAAUUCAAAUUGGAGAGGUCCAAUUUGGUUUCCAACCACAUUUCUACUUAUUGAAGCGUUACAAAGAUUUUUUUUGUAUUAUGGACCUGAAUUCAAAAUUGAAUGUCCAACAGGGUCAGGUCAAAUGAUGAAUUUGGCAGAAGUAGCAGAAGAAAUAUGUUAUCGUAUGAUCCAUAUUUUCUUACCGGACGAAAAUGGAAGGAAAGCAGUAUUUGAUGGAAAUACUUGUAAUGUUCUUUCUCAUGAUGAGUAUUUUAAAGAUUACAUCUUGUUUUAUGAAUAUUUUGACGGUGAUACUGGUCGUGGAUUAGGUGCAUCCCACCAGUGUGGAUGGACUUCCUUGGUAGCCAAAUGGAUCAGUGACAUCGGUUUAUCUAAUGUCAGACAAUCACGUGCUUCUAGAGCGUCAAUUAACUCCAUAGUUUCGGAGAAUGAGGCUCAUGUUAGUGAUACUCAACUAAAGCGCCCCCAGCUUCCAAAAAUAAGGAAAAAGAGUAUCAAGUCAAUGGUAAUUCUUACAUCAAACUUGUUAGAAUUAUCAGAAGAAGAAAAACAUAAUUACACAAUUGGAAAUAUUAAAUCUGGGAAUUCAACACCAACACCUAAACAACAUUCCAGCCGUUACAGCUCAUUAGAACCACAUAGCCAUUCUAAUAGUUUUGCUCAUGAGAAUGAACAACAUCUUAUUAAUAAAUUAAAGGAUGAGAUUGGCAAGAUGUCAUUUGAAGCUGAUGGCAGUGAAAAGAAAAAGCCCGGUUCUUCAAUAUAUGACACCGAGAAUGAAUUUUCUUGUCAAUAA